AUGGCCACAAGCCAUCAAGAGACCGAGAUGGUGGCGGGUUCCAAUCGGGAACGUAUAGAGAGACUUGAAGAUCACAACACAAGAGUAUUAGACAUUUUGAGUGAUGUCAAUACUACAAUGGCCGAGCUUAGAAUGGCCAUGAAUGCCACCAACCGAGAAAGUGAGGAACAUCGAAGGGCCACGGAGGCUUUGAGAAGGGAGACUCACGAGAACAUCGAAAGAAUCGAGAGGAGGAUUGUGGAAGGCCAAGCUUCCCGACAAGAGGUGGAUGGACAAAGGCAUGAUGCCUUUGUGGAAGGAGUGGAAACAAGCAUAUCCGGAUCCGUGCGUGAGCCUAGACAUGAACCCCCAAGAGAAGGGUAUAGAAGAGGGGGAAGAGUGGAAAAUGACCACAUAGCCGUGGAGAGAUGGGUUCGAAAUGAUACCCACCACUCAAGGAGCCCGAGUAUAGUAAGGGAAACUCAAGACGUGAGAUAUGAGGUCCCAAGACAUGAAGAACAAAAUGAGGCCGAGUAUGACUUAGGCCAUGGAGGGCGUAAUGGACAUGAUGAUCAUGGCCAUAGGAGACGUCACAACCGUGAACGAGAAAGGGGCCAUAGAGAUGAAAGACAUGAAGAAGACCACUACGACCAUAGAGUUGGAAACCGGGCACAUGACCGGGGACCAAGGAGACCAAAGGUGGAUUUCCCCAAGUUCAAUGGGGGGGAUCCAUAUGAGUGGUUGGACAAAGUGGACCACUAUUUCCGUGUCUAUGAAGUACCAAGAGAUGAGAGGGUGUCGACAGCAUGUUUUCAUCUUGAAGGGAGAGCAAGCAAGUGGUGGCGUUGGCUACGCGACCAAUAUGACCAAGAAAGGAGACGACUUGGGUGGACGGCCUUUGAAAAAGAGUUCUUGAUGCAAUUUGGGCCAUCACCAAUUGUCAAUCACCAUGGACAAUUGGCCAAGUUGAAACAAGAAGGAAAGGUGCACCAUUACAUAGAUGAGUUUCGGCAACUCCAAACUAUGGUGAGGGGUUGGACCGAAGAAGCCUUGAUUGGAACUUUUGUAGACGGUUUGAAGCCUUGGCUUGCCAAGGAAAUAAAAUUGAAGCAACCCACAAGAUUACAAGAGGUAAUGCGAAUGGCCGAAGUGUUGGAAGAAAGCACCCAUAUGGAGAAACGCCAUUCCAAGGAAGUGGGGAGCAAAUUUUCUAAACCUUUGCAAACCAAAACUCCUUGGAAAGGAAAAGAAGUGGAAGGGGGUAGUUCCAAACCAAAGCCUUAUGAAAUUAAAAAGUUGUCAAGGGAGGAAGUCCAAGAAAGAAUAAAAAAGGGCCUUUGUUUCAAAUGUGGAGAGAAAUGGAGCAAGGAACAUGCAUGUAGAUCGGGUAAAGCUUACUUGAUGAUUGAAGAAGAGGAGGAUGAAGAGUCCUCACAAGAUGAAUCCGAGCAAGAAGAGAAUGAAACCAAGGAGGAAGAAGAAGAAGCCGAGCUAUCACUCAAUGCUAUGUCCGGAAUCCAAAGACCCACUUCCAUGAGAGUUAUGGCAUGGAUUGGGAAAUUUGAAGUCACCUUGUUGGUGGAUAGUGGCUCAACGCAUAACUUCAUCAACGCCAACAUAGUCACCAAAGUUGGGUUGAAACCGAGCACCAUUGAGCCUUUUGAUGUUAAAGUGGCUAAUGGGGACAAGUUGAGGUGUGAGGGCCUUGUGAAAGAGGUUAAGAUGAAUGUUCAAGGAGUUAGAAUCAUGGCGGACUUGCACAUUUUGUCACUCGUGGGACUUGAUGUAGUUUUGGGUAAUGCAUGGCUCAAAGGCAUUGGCAAAGUUGUUAAUGACUAUGAGAAGAUGACUAUGGAAUUUCGGAUUGGGUCCAAAAAGAAGUUAUGGACAGCUUUGACCUCCAAGGAGGUGAGGUCUUGUGAGGCCUUGAUGUUUGAAAAAUUAUGUAAAGGUGGAGCUAGUUGCUUUGCCAUUAUUCUAGCAAAGCAAGAGACACUUUUGAAGAUUGAGAAAAAUGAAGACGGGAGCAAGAGGGAUGACAUGUCAUUGCUGCCCGUGGAGGUCCAAGAAGUUUUGAAGGACCACAAGGGAGUUCUAGAGGUGCCAACUACCUUGCCACCUUCUAGAGUCUUUGAUCACUCCAUUGCCUUGGAGAAUGAGGGCAAACCGGUGAAUGUUCCCCCAUACCGGUAUGCUUAUUUCCAAAAAGAAGAGAUAGAAAGGCAAGUGGAAGAAAUGUUGAAAGGAGGCUUGAUAAGGCCUAGCAAUAGUCCUUUUUCCUCACCGGUCUUAUUGGUAAGGAAGAAGGAUGGUACUUGGAGAUUUUGCACGGAUUAUAGGGCUUUGAACGAGGCCACCAUCAAGGAUAGGUUCCCCAUACCUACCGUUGAUGAGAUGUUAGAUGAGUUGCACGGGGCUAGCAUCUUUUCUAAACUUGACUUGAGGGCGGGUUACCACCAAAUCCGUAUGAAAGAAAGAGAUGUGCACAAGACGGCCUUUAGAACGCAUAAUGGGCACUAUGAAUACCUUGUGAUGCCGUUUGGAUUGUGUAAUGCACCUUCCACAUUCCAAGCCGCCAUGAAUACCAUUUUCAAGCCCUUAUUGAGGAAGUUUGUUUUGGUUUUCUUUGAUGAUAUCUUGGUAUACUCCAAGAACAUUGAAGACCACAAGUCCCAAUUGAAGAUAGUGAUGAAAAUUCUUGAGGAGCAUCAUUUUUUCAUCAAAGCAUCCAAAUGUGCUUUCAUGGAAAAGGAGCUCGAAUAUUUGGGGCAUUUCAUUUCGGGUGAAGGGGUCAAGGUGGACCAAAGGAAGAUAGAAGCCAUGGUUGAUUGGCCAUUACCCAAUGAUGUCUCGGCCUUGAGAGGAUUUUUGGGACUAACCGGCUACUAUAGGCGGUUUGUGAAGAACUAUGGGCUUAUUGCUAAGCCACUCACUUCCUUGUUGAAGAAGGAUAAUUUUGCAUGGAACCAAGGGGCAAGGAAUGCUUUUGAGGAAUUGAAGAGAGCCAUGACCACUACUCCCGUAUUAGCCCUACCUAAUUUUGAGAAGGUCUUUGAGGUUUACACCGAUGCAAGUGGGGAUGGAAUAGGGGCUGUUUUGGUCCAAGAGAAGAGGCCAAUAGCUUUUAUCUCCAAAGCCCUUGGACCUAUGAAGAAAGCGUGGAGCACUUAUGCAAGAGAGAUGCUUGCGGUUGUUCAUGCCGUGAAGGUAUGGAGGCCAUAUUUAUUGGGGAGGAAGUUCACUAUAGUCACGGACCAACAAGCUUUGAGACACUUGUUGCAACAAAAAAUAGUAACCCCGGAACAACAAAAGUUUCUUGUCAAGUUGUUGGGAUUUGAGUAUGACAUUGUAUACCAACCCGGAAAAGAGAACAAAGUUGCGGAUGCACUUAGUAGAAAAGAAGGGAGCUCAACAUUAUGGCAAGUAUAUGAAGAGAAUGAUGAUAGUUUGAUGGCCUUGAGUGGGGCCGAAUGGAGGAUAUGGGACAAGAUCCGUGAGGCAACCAAGCUUGAUGCGAGGGCCAUUGAGAUUGUAGAGCUUUUAGAAGCUCAAGGUGAUGGGGUAAUCGGCUUCAAGUUGAAAGAUGACCUAAUCUACUACAAGAACUAUGUGUAUGUCCCUAAUGUACCGAAUUUGAGAAGGGAGGUUCUUGAUCACUUCCACAAUAGUAAAGAGGGAGGUCACUCCGGGUGGUUGAGAACCUACAUAAGAAUUAAGCAUUUUUUCUAUUGGGAAGGAUUGAAGAAAGCCGUGAAGACACUUGUGGCCGAGUGUGAUGUAUGCCAAAAGUCUAAGUAUGAGACAAGGCCACCAACCGGUUUGUUGCAACCCUUGCCUAUUCCAAACUUAAUUUGGGAGGAUUUGAGUAUGGAUUUCAUCGAAGGGUUACCUAGUAGUGGCGGGUUUGAGGUAAUUUUUGUGGUGGUUGAUAGGCUAAGCAAGUAUAGCCAUUUUAUUUCUCUUACCCACCCAUAUUCGGCCAAGAGUGUGGCCAAAGCCUUUAUUGAUCACGUGGUGAAGCUCCAUGGGUUUCCCAAGAGUAUUAUCUCGGAUAGAGAUAGGGUCUUCAUGAGUUCCUUUUGGAAGGAAUUAUUUGAGCUACAAGGUAGCAAGUUGAAGGCAAGUUCAUCUUACCACCCACAAACCGAUGGGCAAACGGAGGUUGUCAAUAGAACACUUGAGCAAUAUUUAAGGUGUUUUUGCCAUGAGGAACAAAAAAAGUGGGGUGAGUACUUGUCUUGGGCCGAAUAUUGGUACAAUACUUCUUUCCACGCAUCCAUCCAAAGAAGUCCUUUUGAGGUUGUUUAUGGGAGGGCACCACCUAUGUUGGUAAAUUAUGAAAAGGGCACGGCCAAGAAUGAAGAAGUCGAAAAGGAGUUGGUAACUAGGGAUGAGAUCCUAGUGAAGGUGAAGAAGGAGCUUGCCAAGGCUCAACAAAGAAUGAGGAAGUAUUACGAUGAGGGUAGAAGAAUGGUUUCCUUUGAAGUAGGGGACUAUGUGUAUUUGAAGCUUCAACCUUUUGGCCAAAGAACAUUGAGGAAAAAGCUUAAUUUGAAGUUGGCCAAGAAGUACUAUGGGCCUUUCAAGGUACUUGAGAGGUUGGGAGAGGUAGCUUAUAGAUUGGAGCUUCCUCCAAGUUCCAAACUUCAUCCGGUGUUCCAUGUAACCGUGUUAAAAAAGAGAAUUGGGGACCCGAGCCUCAUUGUGGAUGAGCUACCUAGGUUUGAUGAUGAAGGCCGAAUGCUUUUACAACCAAAGGAAGCUCUCAACUAUAGGGUGGUUUCAAGAGGGACCAUGAGAAAAAGUGUGUGGCAAGUCUUGAUAAGGUGGGGUAAAGCUCCAAAGGAAGAAGCUACUUGGGAGGACUACGAUGACAUAAGGGCAAGGUUUCCUCAAUUUAUCCUUGAGGGCAAGGAUAUACUUAAAGAGAGGGGGAUUGUUAGACCCCCACGUCGAGUGGCCUCAAGGGGAGCAGCACAAGCCCUAACCAUGAAUACUGGUUAUCCAUUUCAAUAUGGGAUGAGACCUCCGACUCCUCCGACUCCUCCCAUGGCUACAAGCUCCGGAACAACCGAAAGAUUUGAAGAGGAUACACCCGGGUGUAGGGAAACUGAAGCGCCUUGUUUCUCCUCUAGGCUUGAUGAACAAGGUGAAGAGGAUAGGCCAGAUUUAGGGGAAACUGGCGAUGGCACUGCCGAGACACCUCCAUUAGACCGAAUGGAUGGUAGUGAUAUGAUUGAGGAGCCAAAAGCGGGGAUGGAAUUUGAUUCUUUUGAGGAAUUAAUGAGCUAUUAUAAGAUAUAUGCUAAGAAAUGUGGGUUUGGAUCCAUGACACAAAGGAGUGAAAGGGAUGACGAAGGGAAUGUCAGAUAUGUCACUCUUGGUUGUGCCUGUGGGGGGAAAGCUCGGAAUAGGACAAUGAAUGUCGCCAAACCACGUCCGACAGGAAAGACUGACUGUAAGGCAAGGAUUAAUGCCUUAAAAGUUAAGGGGAAGAUGCAGUUGACCACUGUUCAUAACACCCACAAUCACGGAUUGAGUCCACAGAAAUCUCGUUUCUUCCGAUGUAAUCGCGAAGUUAGUGAGACUGUAAAAAGGAUUGUCGCAAUUACAUCGAUAAGGCAAGACAUCUACGACUUGGAGCAGGUGGUGCUGGAGCACUUCAAGACUAUUUUUGUAGAAUGCAGUAUAAGAACCCCGGAUUCUUUGCCUUGA